UUUCCAUAGCAACCCGCAGGUGCGCUGCGGAGGCGCGCGCGGUCCCUGCGCUGCGCGAAAGAGGAUGUGGUUGUCAAGGCGACGUGGCUAGGAGGAGAGGACAGAGAGAGGAGGAAGGAUGGGCGGCCUUGGUGUAGCCGCAGGGAGGUGACUGAAGCGAGCCCGGCCCCUUGCAUCCUCCCCCUGUGUACCUCCCUCCCCUUUUUUUCCUCCUCCUGCCAGCAGAAGCAGCCACCGCAGCACCUGAGCCGUUACUGCCGUUCGGCUCAGGACAACGCGAUGACUGAGCCUGGUCGCAGCCACCAUCCCUCUGCCAGAGGCGGGGGCAGAAGUGAGAAUCGCAAGUCCCAGCUUCUGCACCUCCUGUUCUGGGCUGGGACCGCUUUCCAGGUAACCUGGGGAACAGGAUCAGAGGAGCUUCACGCCUGCAAAGAGUCAGAGUACCACUAUGAGUACACUGCGUGUGACAGCACGGGCUCCAGAUGGAGGGUUGCUGUGCCACACACACCAGGCCUGUGCACCAGCCUUCCCGAUCCCGUCAAGGGCACCGAGUGCUCUUUCUCUUGCAAUGCUGGGGAGUUUCUGGAUAUGAAGGACCAGUCCUGUAAGCCGUGCUCCGAGGGUCGCUACUCCCUCGGCACAGGCAUCCGGUUUGACGAAUGGGAUGAGCUGCCCCAUGGCUUUGCCAGCCUCUCCGCCAACAUGGAGAUCGAGGACAGUACCACCGAGUCCGCUGAGAACUGCACUUUGUCUAAGUGGGUUCCCCGGGGUGACUACAUCGCCUCUAACACGGACGAAUGCACCGCCACGCUGAUGUAUGCCGUCAGCCUAAAGCAGUCCGGCACUGUGAAUUUUGAGUACUACUACCCAGACCCCAAUAUCAUCUUCGAGUUUUUUGUCCAGAAUGAUCAGUGUCAGCCUAAUGUGGAUGACACCAGGUGGAUGAAAACCACGGAGAAAGGAUGGGAAUUCCACAGUGUUGAGCUAAAUAGAGGCAAUAAUGUCCUCUACUGGAGAACCACAGCCUUCACAGUGUGGUCCAAGGUUUCCAACCCUGUGCUGGUGAGAAACAUCGGCAUCACAGGAGUGGCCUACACUUCUGAAUGCUUCCCCUGUAAACCGGGGACAUACGCAGCCAAGCAAGGCUCCACUUUCUGCAAGCUUUGCCCUGCCAACACUUACUCAAAUAAGGGAGAAGCUUCUUGCCAUCCUUGUGACUCUGACAAAUAUUCAGAAAAAGGAUCCUCCUCCUGCAAAAUGCGCCCAGCUUGCACAGACAAAGAUUAUUUCUACACACACACGGCCUGUGAUGCCAACGGAGAGACACAGCUCAUGUACAAAUGGGCCCAGCCAAAAAUCUGUGACGAGGACGCUGAGGGGGCAGUGAAGCUUCCUGAAUCUGGUGUGAAGACUCGCUGCCCACCCUGCAACCCAGGCUUCUUCAAAACCAGCAACAGCACCUGCGAGCCCUGCCCUUAUGGCACUUACUCCAACGGCUCUGAUUGUACCCACUGCCCAGCUGGAACAGAACCUGUCCUGGGAUAUGAAUACAAAUGGUGGAACACACUACCUGCAAACAUGGAGACGACUGUCCUCAGUGGGAUCAACUUUGAGUAUAAAGGCCUGACAGGCUGGGAGGUGGCUGGUGAUCACAUAUAUACAGCUAUUGGAGCCUCGGACAACGACUUCAUGAUUCUCACUCUGGUUGUACCAGGAUUUAGACCCCCUCAGUCAGUGACGGCAGAUACAGAGAACAAAGAGGUGGCCAGGAUCACGUUUAUCUUCAAGACCAUCUGUUCCAUGAACUGUGAGCUCUACUUCAUGGUGGGCAUGAAUUCAAGGACCAACACCCCUGUGGAGACGUGGAAAGGUUCCAAAGUCAAACAGUCCUACACCUACAUCAUUGAGGAAAAUGCCACCAUGAGUUUUACCUGGGCCUUCCAGAGGACCACACUUCACGACACAGGCAGAAAGUACACCAAUGACGUUGCCAAGAUCUACUCCAUCAAUAUCACAAAUGUCAUGGAUGGGGUGGCCUCCUAUUGCCGCCCUUGUGCCAUGGAAGCCUCCGAUGUGGGCUCCUCCUGCACUUCAUGUCCUACUGGUUACUACAUCGACCGAAAUUCUGGAACCUGCCAUCCCUGCCCCCCUAACACAAUCCUGAAAGCUCAUCAGCCUUACGGUGCCCAGGCCUGCAUGGCUUGUGGUCCAGGGACCAAGAGCAACAAGAUCCACUCUCUCUGCUAUAAUGAUUGCCGCUUCUCACGCCAUGCCUCGUCCAGAACCUAUGACUACAACUUCUCGGCUCUGGCAAACACUGUCUCUCUGUCUGGGGGCCCAAGCUUCACUUCAAAAGGGCUGAAGUAUUUGCAUCACUUUAACUUGAGUCUUUGUGGAAACGAGGGUAAGAAAAUGGCUGUCUGCACUGACAAUGUCACUGACCUCCGGAUUCCUGAGGGUGAAUCAGGCUUCUCCAAAUCCAUCACAGCCUACGUCUGCCAGUCAGUCAUCAUCCCCUCAGAGGUGACAGGGUACAAGGCCGGGGUAUCUUCACAGCCUGUCAGCCUUGCUGAUCGUCUUGUUGGAGUGUCAACAGAUGUGACUGUGGAUGGAAUCACCUCCCCAGCUGCACUGUUCCACCCGGAGACCUUAGGGAUACCAGACGUGAUCUUCUUUUUUAGGUCUAACGAUGUAACCCAGUCCUGCAGCUCUGGAAGAUCAACCACCAUCCGCCUCAGAUGCAAUCCACUGAAAAUUGCUCCUGGAAGCCUGUCUCUACCAAGCAUGUGCUCUGAUGGGACCUGCGAUGGCUGUAACUUCCACUUCCUGUGGGAGAGCGUGGCUGCUUGUCCACUUUGCUCAGCCGCUGACUACCACACUUUCGUCAGUAGCUGUGUGGCUGGGAUCCAGAAAACGACUUACGUAUGGCGAGAACCAAAGAUAUGCUCUGGUGGCAUCUCCCUACCUGAGCAGAGAGUCACCAUCUGCAAAACGAUAGAUUUCUGGCUGAAAGUGGGCAUCUCUGGAGGCACCUGUAGCGCUAUCUUACUCACUGUCCUGACCUGCUACUUUUGGAAAAAGAAUCAAAAACUUGAAUACAAAUAUUCCAAAUUAGUGAUGAAUGCUACUCUUAAGGAUUGUGACCUCCCAGCAGUUGAUAGUUGUGCCAUAAUGGAAGGUGAGGAUGUGGAAGAUGAUCUCAUCUUUACCAGCAAGAAGACUCUCUUUGGAAAGAUCAAAUCAUUUACCUCCAAGCAGCCAGCUCCUGUCACCAUCUCUCUUUCAGAGGACUCCUGAUGGAUUUGACUCAGUGCCACUGAAGACAUCCUCAGGAGGCCCAGACAUGGACCUAUAAGAGGCGCCGCCAGUCUCACCUGCGUCCGUGACUUGGCAUAUCACUUUGCAAGCCUGUGAUGAUUUGGGUGCCAGCAUCCUGCAAUACCCACUGCUGGAAAUCUCUUCAUUGUGGCCUUAUCAGAAGAAGUUUGAAUUUCAGAUCUUUGUUUUUUAUAGAGUACCCAAACUUCGCUUUCUGCUUUCCUCAAACCUGCCAAAUAUACCCACACUUUGUAUAUUAUUCCCUUGCUUGCAUCUUGUUUCUUACAAUGGUCCAGUCAACAGAGCCAUAGCCUCCUCUGCCAUAAUUCUUAGAGCUCUGGAGUAAAAGUAUUUGUCUCUUAAGUAACUCACUGAAAGGCAAGAAUAGCUGGGGGUUUUCCUGGCCAUAUCCCCUCAGCUCAUGAUCUCUUUACAGAAGAGACUGGGCGAGUGGGAGAUCGGGGUUCUUGGACAGAUGAUUCUCAUGGACACCUGGAUUCACUUCUCCUGGACAGGUAGCUCAAACUGAGGACAGUGGACAAUCAGAGGGCAAGUUGAGGAAAGCCUGAGGAAGAAGAGGCUUGAUAAGCAGAGAGAGAGGCAAGAAAGAAAGGAGGGUUUUGUUUUCGUUUGGUAUUUUGUUUGUUUUAUAACUAGGUAUCUCCUUUUGUCCUCUUAUAAUAAAUAUAUUCGCACUAAUGCCAAAGGAAAAUGUUUACCAAAAAAAAUGUCAAAGUCCUGGUGGAUCUAUUCUCUCAUUUAUUUACUUAUUUUUAUCUCUCUGUGACACUAAAAACAUAGGGAGGCCAAGGUUUUAAUGAGCCUGUACAGGGGCUCCAGCUCAUAAUGGCUCAGACCUGAGGCAGUCAUGAUGUCUGCUUCUGAGCUCCACUUAACUGCUAAGCCACAGAAUUAAAAACUUCUAGGCUGGUGAGAAAGGUCACUGAAUCCCAAGCCCAUACAGCAACAGCAGAACCAGACUUGUUUUCCAGAAGGCAAGAGCAGGGGACUUCAACAAAGGUGUCCACUAAACCAGGGUGCGUGCUUCUCACUGCUAAGCUCCUGUCCUUGCGUUUUGUGUGUCCUCCUUUCCUUCAUGCACUAAAAAACUACAGAGAGUAGCCCCCAUUUCUGACAACAGUCCCUUUGAAAAGUGAAUAGAAUGAGUGUCCUCUCUGAUCCUUUCUCCCUUUCAUUCUAACUAUAAUCUGUAAGCCUGAAGUCUCUAGAAUGGUAAAACCCCGGCAAGACUUUCAAUUACUUUUUUCUUUCUAAUACUGGGAAGUCUCUUUCCCUUAUCAAGCUAGAUUAACCAGUGCCCAUUGCCUAUGGUUUGUCCCUGUGCCCCUUUUCCAUCGGCCAUUUGCUGACUGGACAGUCAGAAGAGAAAGGCAUUUCUGAGCAGUUCAUCUGCCAACAAAGUGGUUUUCGCAUCUGAUUGGCUACCAUUGUCUUGGCAUUAGUCUUAUAAAAGUCAGUGUGAAGCGGAGUCUCAUAACUUCUGGCCAUCAGCAUCACUGAUGGCAGGAAGUCCCUUUGGCUCAAUAAAUCUAGCUACUGGUUUGAACUCACUGUGUAGUCCAGGCUGGCCUUAAACUCUUAGCAAUCCUCCUCCCUCAACCUCCCUAGUGCUGGGGUUAUAGGCGUCUACCAACAUGUCUGAGUGGAUAGUUUUCUUGGAUAACCAGAUUUCCCCCCUUGUGUGGUAAUUAGAUUCUUAGAACCAGGGGCCACAGUAGAAUUCCUCCUGGGAGAUGCACACUUAUACACGAGUAGCCCCAAACUCCAGCCUUCUACAGCAUCAACACCUGGGCAUCUACUUCCUGCUAAACAGCUCCCUUUUGUGACAAGGGUCACAGAAGGGCCUUAGACUAUUCUAGAAAAACUUUAGCCCUCUAAAUUCUUUAUUCUGCUAUCUUAAAACUGAAUGUCCCCAGAAGAACCUGAAACUCCACUGAUUUAGUUAUAGUACUUUAAGGGUCUCCUUUUUAUUGGGCUGAUUCUAAGCGAAGGGGGAGUCAUCCUUUGCUUUCCUAGAAAAUUACAUGCUUUAGAUUUUUAAGAGCUUUAUUGAGCUAUAAUUCAUACCAUACAAUUUGCCCCUUUAAAAUGUACAAUUCAAUGGCUUUUAGGAUAUAUUGUUUUUUUGCUACUGUUGUUAUUCAUUCUACAUUUGCUAGGCUGGUGCUCUACCACUGAGCUACAGCCCUAGCCCUGUAUAUCCAUUUUAGAACAGACAAAUGUCAGAUCUGCUGUGGGGAAAGCUUUAGCCCUUGACCCAGGACUAGAGUGGUUUGUACAGAUAUUGAGGGAGAUGGUGCAGGUUUGAGAUAUAAAAUAUUUAAAUCUCAUUUAGUUACCUAGAGUCCUGGGACACAUAAGUAACUUUCAUUCCAUAAUCGACACCUACAUUCACCUGGGAAUACAAAUACGAUUGUGGUAUAUCUAAGGACCAGAGGAUUUCUUAUGCCAACAAAACAUUUUGGGGGGUCUAACUCUAUAUUAAAGAUAAGAUGGACUAUAUUUAUACAACAGAGACUUUGUAACAGAUUUUUCAGCUUUGUGAAAUUAAUUUUUUCCUCAUCAGGAUUGGUUGGAUUUCACUUUUAUUCUGUAUUCUAAACAUGUACAGUUUAUUAGGGGAUGGGUUAUUGGCAUGUCACUCUUGGGAGGGAGUAUGAAAUAAAAAUGUACCUUUUGA